GAAACUUGAGGAAACAAUGCUGAGAUUUUCGAUUUCGCUGUCCGCCAUGGAAGCUUCUGCUUGGAGAGGAUUAGCGUUCACCGCGUUUCUUCUCAACUUCGUUCUAGUUUGUCAGCUUCUUCUUCUUCAACCUUUGGUUUCGGCUUCAGGUUCUUUAAUACUACUCUCUGAUCUAUCUUUUUGAUCUUCCCUCGAAAUAUUUAACUAGACGGUGUUUCUAUUAUCGCAGUUUGGUUUGUUACCUUCGAUUGGAUACCUCGAUUAAGUUCUUGAAUGUGCGAUAUUUCUUCUUGUUCUUUAUUUGUUCACUGUGUAAUUAAUUUACGAUGUUGAUGAGUCUGAUUUCAUAGUUUGAAGCUAUUAAAGAUGCAAUUUUAAUUUGGAAAUGUUGAUUUCUCAUAUAGUUCCUCCGGCGUACGUAUUUUCUGUUUCCACAUUUCUUGGACCGAACAGUUCUAGUAUUAUUGAUUUCUCUAAAAGAUUGGCCGCGAAAUUUUAAUAUCGCAUUCAACCUAUUAAUGGUGUCAAUUUUUAUUUGGAAAUGGAAGGAGUCACUCUUUUUAAAGUUAUCUCUAGUACCUUAUCGUAAGGUCGUAGGUUUCAAUAUUGUCUGAUUUAAAUUCUUGAGGUCAUUGUCUCAGAUUUAAUAAGUUUCCCAUGUAGAACACAAAUCGCCUUGGAUUAUUGGUAAACGACCCGGUCACCAAACUUUAGAAAGAAGCCAUUUCUUUGUUUUUAAUAUUAGUACUAUGGAGGAGGCUUUGAAACCUGCCUAUUGUAUCGUCAAAUGAUGCUCCCUUAGUAUAGAAUCUAUAGAUCUUUUUGAGCUUUCUAGUUGUAUCGUUUGAUGUGUGUAAGUCAGUAUCUCUGUCUUACUUUUACUGAUCUUUCGACUUUUCUCUCAUUUGAUGUUCUAAAAAUGCCUUUAGCUCCAUUAUAUGGUGGAAAUAAUCAUUCAUGAUCAGAGAACUCAGCUUUACUUAGAAAUAAUAUUAGGAAGGGCUCUCUUUGGUAUUAACUAUUUACUAUGCGUGAUCUCCAAACUCAUCUUUAACCUACGCACGUAACAUUUCUAAGGAAACAUGAGAUUGCUCCUCGGGAUGUAGCACAUUUGGUUUCUCCAUUAUCUGCCUGAUGCAAGAUGGAUCACUGGGUAACUCUGCUGAAUUGUUUGAGAAAGUUUCACAAAAUGUAAAGGUGAAGCGUUAUAGCGAGGCACUUGAUGAUCUUAAUGCUGCUAUUGAGGCAGACCCAAAACUUUCAGAAGCAUACUUCCAUCGUGGUUCAAUUCUUCGCAAGUUAUGCAGAUAUAAUGAAUCUGAGAAGAACUACAAGAAGUAUCUUGAGUUAAAACCUGGAAAUCCAGCGGGUGAAAAGGAGCUUUCUCAAUUGCUUCAGGCUCAGAGUGCUUUAGAAACGGCUCUUAGGCAUUUUGAUACAGGGGAUCACACAAAAGCAUUGGAAUUUCUGGAUAAAGUUGUACUUGUUUUCUCUCCUGCAUGCUCUGAGGCCAAACUCCUGAAGGUAAAAUUGUUGUUGGCAACUAGGGACUAUUCUGCUGCUAUCCUUCAUACUGGAUAUAUUCUUAAAGAAGAUGAAAACAAUCUGGAUGCAUUAUUACUUCGUGGGCGUGCCUACUACUAUUUGGCAGAUCAUGAUGUUGCCUCGAGGCAUUUUCAAAAGGGUCUUCGUCUAGAUCCAGAACAUGUUGAACUGAAGAAAGCAUAUUUUGGGUUGAAGAAUCUGCUCAAGAAAACCAAGAGUGCCGAAGAUAAUGUCAACAAGGGUAAGCUGCGAGUAGCAGUGGAGGAAUAUAAUGCAGCCCUUGCAUUGGAUCCCAAUCAUCUUGCACACAAUGUACAUCUUCAUCUUGGCUUAUGCAAGGUACUAGUCAAGCUUGGUCGUGGAAAGGAUGCUGUUACGAGCUGCAAUGAGGCACUAAACAUUGAUGGAGACCUAAUUGAAGCUUUGGUCCAGAGAGGUGAAGCAAAGCUUUUAACAGAGGACUGGGAGGGUGCUGUUGAAGAUCUUAAGUCAGCGGCUCAAAGUUCACCACAGGAUAUGAAUAUUAGGGAGGCACUGAUGAGGGCUGAAAAGGCUUUAAAAAUGAGCAAACGAAAGGACUGGUACAAAAUUUUAGGGGUCUCAAAGACUGCUUCUGUCGCUGAGAUCAAACGUGCCUAUAAAAAGCUUGCUUUGCAAUGGCACCCUGACAAAAAUGUGGAAAAUAGAGAAGAAGCAGAAGCCAAGUUCCGAGAUAUUGCUGCUGCAUAUGAGGUCCUGGGCAAUGAAGAAAAGCGUACAAGAUUUGAUAGAGGGGAAGACAUUGAAGACAUGGGCAUGGGCGGCGGUGGCGGUGGUUUCAAUCCUUUCGGUGGUGGAGGACAGCAAUUUACAUUUACCUUCGAUGGUGGGUUUCCCGGUGGUGGUGGUUUUGGUGGAGGUGGCUUUCCUGGUGGUGGCGGUUUUCCUGGUGGUGGUGGGUUUGAGUUCCAUUUCUGAUUUCAGCAUAAAAGCAUUAGUUCCUCUUUUUCCUGAUAUUUUUUUCAAUGAAAACAACGGUUAUAAGGGGGGAAGGGGGAUGAAAAUAUUUAUUUGCUGAAAAGUAGAAAUACCUUAGGUUAGAAUUACUGAUAGAGGCUUUUUAGUUCAGAAAAAUGCUCAUUGAGCAAGAUUUUGUUAAAACAUAUCGAGAGGAAAUGCAUGAGUAACUGUAAUACGUUGGAUAUAAGCCUUCAUUUAUACUAUUGCUUAGAUUUUUUUUGCCA